GUCAGUCGUGGGUCGGUUCAGCUGUUUGUACGGUGACAUUAAGAGCAUCAAAAUAAACGGAAAUAAACUCUCUAAUCGUUUGUUUCUAAAUCAACACUUUUCUGAUCGGAUUAACGACUUUUAACGGACAGUAACAGGAUUUAGGAGAAUGGCAGAGCAAGAUAGAAGAUUUCAUCCUCACUGAGAGGAGAAGGAAAAGAGGACGAGGAAGUGCCGGUUGAGGUUCAGGAUGGAGCGAGCGCACAGCCUUCUGCUGAACGAGGAGGCGUGCGGUCAGCUGGGUGAACAUCAGAGGGUCGAGUUCAUCUUUGAAUGGCUGAACCACCUGAAGAAGCUCCUUUCUACCACUGAGCGGGACGACAUCAAACACAACCAGCGGCGUCUGAUCGAUCAGCUUUCGUGUGUUCUGAUUGGCUCUCCCGGCCCGCCGACCCGCUGGCUGCUGGCCCACUGCUUGGCCCUGCUUUAUCGCCUGGGAGACCCCAUUGCUUCCAGCCUAUUUGUGGACAGGUGCAAUGACAUCAUCCGCAGCAAAGACGACUCUCCGUCGGGACUCCCGACCCGACUGGCAGCCAUUGCGUGUCUCGGUGCUCUGUUCGAGCAGCUCGGUCGGAUGCUCGUCGGCUCCUUCAAAGACACUCUGAGCAACCUUCUGAAGGCCAUGAAGAACGCUGAGUCUCAGGGUCGGUAUGAGAUCAUGUUGAGUUUGGAGAAGAUCCUGCAAGGUUUGGGUGUCUGCGCCGUGCCGUGUCAUCGGGACGUCUACAAGGCGGCAAGAACGUGUCUGACGGACCGAUCCAUGGCGGUACGCUGCGCCGCUGCCAAGUGUUUGCUGGAGCUGCAGAGGGAGGCGGUGUUCCUGUGGACCAGCGAGCUGGAGAAUGUGGCCACUCUGUGCUUCAGAGCUUUCGAAGGAUCCAACUACAGCGUCCGAGUGUCGGUCGCCAAACUGCUGGGAACUCUGCUGGCUGCUGCUGUGGAGCCCAGACAGCCCAGUGCCCCCAGGCAGGGUGGGCGGGGUCGGAGCUCGCUGGAGGAAGUGAUGGAUUUGCUGUCGGGGGGGUUCCUGAGGGGCGGGGCGGGUUUCCUCAGAGCCAGCGGAGACAUGCUGAAGGGGACGAGCUCCGUCAGCAAGGACAUCCGCAUCGGGGUCACACAGGCCUGCGUUGUCUUCGUCUCCACCCUGGGCGGCUCCUGGUUGGAGGCAAACUUUCCUGCGUUCCUGUCCCUGCUGAUGGAGUUGGUGUCCAACGGCAGGGCCACCCAGACGCCGGGAGACGCCGUGGUGACCCACCGCUGCAUCUCCUUCAUCCUGAGGAGCACCCUGGGGUCUCUCCUCGGGGAGAAGGCUCAGACCAACGCCGCCAAACAGCUGUGCCUCGCUGUGGCGGCGCAGAAACGAGCCAUCGAUGCAGCUCUGACUGAUGGGAACGUGGAGACCAGAGUCUCGUCUGCAGACGUCUCAGCCAGUCAGCACGUGUUGGUCUGCUGCCUGUUGGAACUGGGAGGACUCAUACAGGGACUGGGAUCCACAGCCGCCCCCCUCCUCACGGAUAGCAGCACAGCCCUCCUGGACACGGUGAUCUCCGUCCUCCUCCACCCCGCCUCCUCCGCCUCCCUGGCCGCCGCCUGGUGUCUGCGCUGCGUUGCCACGGCGAUGCCUUCCCAGUGUUCCUUGCUGCUGGAUCGCUGCGGCGAGAGGCUGAUGGCGAUGAAGUCUUCCCCCGAAGCCGUGGCCGGGUACGGAUCCGCUGUCGCUGCCCUGGUGGCUGCGGUGCAGCACUGCCCCCUGGGAAUACCACACACCAAAGGCAUGGUGGUGCUGGGUCUGGCUGAAGACCUGCUGCGUUCAGCCUCUCAGAACAGUCGGAUCUCCCUGCAGAGGACUCAGGCCGGCUGGCUGCUCGUCUCCUCUCUCAUCACCUUAGGCCCGGCGGUAGUAGAGCACCACCUGCCCCGUCUCCUCCUCCUGUGGCGGUGUGUGUUUCCUGCUUCACUCAGGGAGCAGGAGAUGGAGCUGCGACGAGGGGACUACUUCACGUGGCAGGUUACGCUGGAGGGACGUGCUGGGGCGCUCUUCGCGAUGAAGAACCUGCUGCUGCACUGCAGGGAGCUCGUCAACGAUGACAUCAUGAGCCGUCUGCUCACGCCGUUGGCCUGCGCCGUGGCCCUGCUCACCAAGUUGCCUGCUCUCCUCAGGUCUUACAGCAGUUCAGUUCGCAGGUGGUCGCUCGUCUACAGACUGAGAGUCUACGAGCUGCUCGCUCUGCUGCCUCCACACACCUACCAAGAGAGUUUUGGUUUAGUGAUGAACCAGCUGGUGUCGGAUCUGUCCGGUCAGGACAACCUGAACCAGCCGUGUUCAGAGCUCACCCUGCUGCCUCCCCUCUGUCACCGUGACGACCUGCCUCUGGUCGGCCCCGCCCUCCACAACACCGACCACAGAUACAUCGACGAGCAGCUCCAUGGCAGCAGUGUGGGAGGAGGCUCGCUGGACAACGACGCCUUCAGUCUGUGUGAGAAGAGCGAUGAAGCUCCCGCUCCUCUUCCUCCUCCUGUCGCUCUGUCCGCCGCAGCCGUCCGCCUCUUUGGAGCGCUCUACCCCCACGUCAUCUCCGCUCAGAGAGUGAAAAUAUUGGAGCAGUUCGUGGAAACGGUGAACCAGCUGAAGGGUCAACGCCAGCAGACGGUCCAGACACACGUCUGUGCUGCCCUCUGCAGUCUGCUCAAGCACCAGGGUGGUCUUCGUGGCUCUCUGGGGCCGGACGAGGUGCGUUCCCCGGCGCUGUCCCUCCUGACGGGGGCGCUGGAGAGCGUCAGUCCUCUGCUGCGAUGUCUGGCUGCUGAAGGUCUGGCCCGGCUGGUGCAGGUGGUCGGAGACCCCGGCUUCACCGUGUCCGUCUCCCUGCUCUGCUUCGACAGGCUGAAGACAGCUCGGGACGCAGCGUCUCGCAGUGGCUACGCUCUGGCUCUUGGGGCGCUGUACCGCUACACCGGAGGAAUCAGUUCACCUCAACACCUGUCCACCUGCCUGGGAGUGCUGUUCACCUUGAGCCAGGACAGCACCUCACCUGAGGUCCAGACCUGGUCUGUCCACAGUAUGUCUCUGGUAAUCGACCUGUCCGGGGGCUUGUACCGCGCCCACGCUGAGCCGUCCUUCACGCUGGUGCUGCGGCUGCUGCUGUCGGCACCACCCACCCACCCAGAGGUGCACCACAGCCUGGGCCGCUGCCUGCACGCCCUCAUCACCUGCCUGGGCCCCGACCUGCAGGGUGAAGGUGCAGCAGUGUCCGGUCUGCGCUCCAGCUGUCUGGUGGGAUGUGGAGUGAUGCAGGACGGUCCGGACUCUCUGGUUCAGGCCAGAGCCAUUUCCUGUCUGCAGCAGCUGCACAUGUUCUCACCUCCACAUGUCAACCUGGCCAGCCUCGUACCUGCACUGUGUGCCCACUUGUGCAGUUCGUACCUGUGUCUGCGUCGGGCGGUGGUGGCGUGUCUGCGGCAGCUCGUCCAGCGGGAGGCUGUGGAGGUUUCUGAACACGCCGUGACUCUCGUCAAAGAGCUGCCCAGACGAGACAACACACAGCUUGACGUCACCAUAAAGGAGGUGGGUCUGGAAGGAGCUCUGUUCACUCUGUUGGACCGGGAGUCAGAUCCAGGUCUGAGGAGAGACAUCCAGGAGACUCUGGUGCACAUGAUGGCAUCCAGCGCAACCAGCGGGAAACUGGGACACUGGCUCAAACUCUGCAAGGACGUCCUGUCUGCAACCACCGACUGUCGGGCUCCGGUUGAGGCGCAGCAGGAGGACGAGGAGGGGGACACCGGCAGAGACGACGACUCCUCUGCUUUCAAGGCUCAGUCAGAGUCCAGCGGCCCGUUCACGGCCCUGCGGUGGGCCACACGCCGCUUCGCCAUGGAGUGUGUGUGUCGCAUCAUAGCUCAGUGUGAGACUGCAGACCCGGCGCACUUUGACAUGGCUCUGGCUCAGGAGCGACGCCUGCACAAGUCCACCGACUUCCUGGUGCUCCAUCUUGGCGACCUGGUCCGCAUGGCAUUCAUGGCGGCGACAGACCACAGCGACCAGCUGCGGCUGGCGGGUCUCCAGACCCUGCUGGUGAUCAUCAGACGCUUCUCAGCCAUCCCCGAACCGGAGUUUCCCGGUCAUGUGAUCCUGGAGCAGUACCAGGCUAACGUUGGAGCUGCUCUCAGACCAGCCUUCACUGCUGACGCUCCACCUGACGUCACCGCCAAGGCCUGCCAGGUAUGCAGCGCCUGGAUUGCCAGCGGUGUCGUCAGUGACCUGCGUGACCUGCGGCGAGUCCAUCAGCUCCUGGCCUCCUCAUUGGCUAAAGUCCAGGUGGGCAGGGACACGUCCAGCCAGCUGUACAAUGAAGCCACCGCUACCAUGGAAACACUGGCUGUCCUGAAGGCCUGGGCCGAGGUUUACAUCGUGGCCGUUCAGAGGAGCAGACAGAAGGAAAACCCCGAUAGGGCAUCAGAUUUGUUAGUCUCCCCGCUGGCCAAUGACAGCUCAGGUUCUGAGUCGGGAGGUGCGGGCCUCCUGACGUUGGUCCAAUCAGAUCUGUCGACACUGAGCCGCCUGUGGUUGGCAGCGCUGCAGGACUACGCCCUGCUGACCCUCCCACAGGACUACGCAUCACAGCUACCUGAGACAGGAGGUUCUUUCUAUACAGCAGAGACGGUGAACCAAGCCAGAGCUCAUUACUCCUCCUCCUGGGCGCCCAUCCUCCACGCCACCUCCCUCUGGCUCCAUAGCACCGGUUUUGUGAUGUCAGACGACACACCUGCCUACCUGUCCCGUCCAGCCACGCCCACCUCCAUGGGGCAAACAGGGGGCGGAGCCAAGAGUCCAGAGGACAUCAACGCCGACCGACUGCAUCUCAUACUGGGGGUCAGUGUUGAGUUCCUGUGUUCUCCGCACUCGGAGGACCAGAUGGAGAACAUCACUUCCUGUCUGCUAGCUCUGCAGGCGCUGCUGGACGUCUCAUGGCCCCGAGCUAAGAUUGGAACCGACCAGGCUCUGAGUGUAGAGCUGCUCAGCGUCCUCCACAGGCUGAUGGUGACCAGAGAGUCGGUGUCCGUUCAGCUCGCCGUGUUGGAUUUACUACGACAGAUCGUGACGGCCGCUCAGGAACACGUCAGUGAGAAACGCCACAGCGCUGAGGUGGAUGACGGCGCAGCGGAGAAAGAGACGCUGCCAGAAUUCGGCGAGGGACGGGACACCGGUGGUUUGAUUCCCGGGCGCUCCCUGGUGUUUGGAGCACUCGAGCUGUGCCUCUGUGUGCUGGUCCGGAAACUUCCACAGCUCAGCCCCAAACUGGCGGGAACCAGUCCAACUGGUCCUGGAGGUUCUGUGUGGAGUUUGACUGACAGCGACUGUCGGCUGGUGGCGUCCGCUCUGUGUGUCCUGUCUGAGCUGCCGUCGGUCUGCUCCCCCGAAGGCAGCGUGUCCAUCCUCCCCACCGUCCUCUACCUGCUGCUGGGAGUCCUCAGAGAGCUGGUGCACCAGCCCAGCACACACCCUGGUGCCCCGGUGGCAGGCUCAGUGGGCAGGGCCGGUCUGGGCACGGUGGUCCAGGCGGCUCUUCAGGCUCUGAAGUCCGUUGUGACGUCUCCGAUGAGCCGACAGGAGAAGAGUCGAGGAGCCUGGAACCUGCUGCUGAGAUCAGCUCUGAACACACUGCUGGGACUCUGGGACGCUGGAGACUCGGUCGUGGAUCAGGUCAGCCUGCUCACAGCUCUGACCAUCUUCCUGCUGUCUGCUGGUCCCGACGUCUGCACAGUCGAGCCGCUGCACGCACUCUGUCUGCAGCGCUUCACGGCCAGCAUGGAUGCCAAAGACCCGCUGGUUGUGAGUCGAUGUUAUCAGCUGUUAACGUCGGUGUUUCAGGCCAAGCCCGGCGUGGCCGUCCCGUACAUCCAGGCGCUCGGACCGCAGCUGGUUCGAUUCCUCCAGAAGGUGGAGAGGAGUCGUCCUCAGAGUCCAGAGGAGCUGCUGGGAGUCCUGGAGGGAAUCCGAGCCAUGGAGGCUCUGGUCCAGGCUGCAGACGAGUCACAGCGUCCUCAGCUGGUGGCCAUCUUAUUGCCGCUCCUCAUCUCUUUCCUCCUGGAUGAAAACGCUCUGGGCUCGGCCCCCGCAGCAUCCCGCUCUCUCCAUGAGGGGGCGCUCAAGGACCUAAUGCGCCUUGGCCCGCAGCACUCAGCUGUGUUCAGGUCUCUCAUUGCGUCGUCUCCUCACCUGAAGUCUCGUCUGGAAGCCGCCGUCAAGGGAAACCAGGAGAGUCUGAACGCGAAAGCGAGCAGCGCUAACCCCGCCGCCAAGUCCUCCCCCAGUAUCACGCUCAAAACCAACUUCCUGUGAGACAACUCGCCACGACGCCGCAGGAUGGAAGUUCCAUUAUCCCGUCACAAACGCACAGUGCUGCGUUCACUGUCCCCUCAGGACAAACUUUGCUCUUGUUGUCUGAGAAUCUGAAUCGGUAAGAUGAAGAAUGUAAUUCAACACGCCGCCAUGUUGGAGGAAUGACAGCUGACAGAUAUUAUGACAUUAAUCAUCGUUUAAUGUUCGACAAUCUUUGAUUCUGACUCCAACAUGAGGCACGAGACACAUGUCGAUACAGCGCUGCAUGUCACUAGAUCACAUAUCACUGUUAUUGAUCGUCGUAUUAUCAAUCGGUCAGAGUUAUUCUGUCAAUAAUCACUCAUAUCAGUCAUCAAUAAUAAUAACUGUAUUUAUGUAGCACCUUUAAGAACAGAGUUUACAAAGUGCUUUGACAGACAAAGCAAAAUCAGGAUAUUCACAAAACAAUAUAACAACCCCAAAGCCAGACAAAGUUCAUUCUAAAUAAAAAGAAUAAAAAGACGAUAAAAGCAGAAAAACGACAUCACAUAAAAUAAGAUCUAUAAAAAGGGGUUUUAAGAAUUGAUUUAACAGAAAAGGUUGUUCCAAAGCCGAGGGGUUCUGAUGGGGAAAAGCACGGUCAUCUUUAGUUUAAGCCUCGGACUUUGAAACAGCUGGAAGGUCCCGUCUGAGGGAUCAACAUUUCUGCUCUGUAGCCAGACCCAGAGGAGCUUUAACAGUGAGUCAGUAACAUCUUAAAAAUCUAUUCUAAAUCUAACAUGGAGACAAUGGAGAGAGGCCAGGAUUGGGGGGGGGGGUGAUGUCGUCUAUUAAAACUAGUAAGAAGCCUGUAAUCUGUUUUAAAUUGAAUUCACAUGAUGAAUAUGAAACAUUUACAGACUUUAUGCAGAAAUCUGUUAUAUUCUGGUUUGUCUGUGUUUUAAGAAUCCACUUAAAUCAUGAAGGGAAAAGUUCAAUUAUGAAAACCACUCCUUGUGUUUUCACACACACACACACACACACACACACACACACACACACACACACACACACACACACUCUUUAAUGUAAAUUGAAGGAUAAACUAAUAAUAAUAUGUAACUGAAUAAGGGAUACGGGGAAUUAUUUAGGAAAAAGUCCGAAUUCUGAGAUUAAAGUUGGAAUUUUUUAGAAAUGCCAGAUUUAUGAGUUUAAAUAAUUCAUAUUUUUAUUAACCUGAUUCUGGAUUAAUUGCUGUCCACAUCUCUGAUUAAUGGACCACAUGUUUCUUUCAUUGUUUCAAUGUUUCAGCAAUUUUUCAAAACCCACUUUUGCAAAUGUUUGUUCUUUUUAUACUCAAAGAGAUUAAGUCGAAGCAUUCUUUGGAACCUGGAACAUUUAAUCUCAUUUAUAGAUUCUCCAAGUUACACAACAUGAUCAUAUUUUAUUAAUAAAUCUAAUUUAUCGAGCACUUUUCAAAAUCCACGUCACAAAGUGCUUCACAAAGGCAGAAAAAAUAUAAACAAAAAAUUCCUAAAUGAUCGAGUUAAAAAGAAAAAAUAUAAAAACUAUUCUGAGUAUUUCUUUUAUAAUCUAAUAUAUAACAAUACUUAAAUAACAUGGUGUCAUGAAAGGCCACCAGAUGGCAGUAUGACAUUAUAGGUUUUCUCCAAAACAACACAUUCUCCCAGGUUUUAAAAAAAGAAUCUCAGAGUUUUGACUUUUCUAAUAAAGGAUACGUGCACGGUGUCACUAGUGGGUGACAGUGAGUUUGACCAAUCACAGAUGAGCAUCUCAAAGUCAGUUGAGGCUCUCUCUGAUACCUAGACUCCACCUGCCUGGCACUACAAGGGGGUACAAUGAAACAAACACUGUGUUGUUUGAUCAGGUCUGUCAAUGAAAGGGAGGCUUUUAUUUCUCUAUGUUUCUCUAUGUAUGUUAGAAGGAAAACAAUUUGAAGUUGGCGUUAGAAUAAACUUCUUUUCCUGUAUCACUAACAAUAAGGUCUUGUGUUGACCCUCGGAUGGCUGAAUGAAUGAAUGUCAAUAACAGAGAAGAGCUCAGAGAAUGAUUUUUUUUUAAUGUCGUCUUACAAAUCACAUAAAAACACAACCUGAAGACUCUCUGAUUGUUAUUAAUCAUAUGGUGGCCUGUAAGGGACAAUUUAAUGAUCAGCACUUUAGUUUAAAAACACUACAACGUCAUAAUAUCAACGGCGUCGUGUUUUAUCAGUUUGAAGAAUGUACGUCUGUUUGGUUUUAAAAGACUUUUACUGUCUAAAUGUGAAUGUUCAUAUCAAAGAAAAGAUUAAAACAUUUCUAACAUGAUUUCCUUUGAAACCUCAGUCACAAUAAAACACUAAAGAUGUCACACACACUCACAGACACAGACUGUAUGGGUGUGUGUUUAAAUGUGUGUGUGUGCUCACCUGGCCGACUGCUCUGUGAACUGUACAGGUGUGACCUGAAUGAAUGGUUAACAUGUUGUUUUCUAACGUUAGCGAGUGAAUAAAAACAUGUUUAUCUUCUAA